AUGGCCAUGGCCAUGGACGACACGGGUACACCUUUGAGCCGAUGUGGCUUUGUCGAAAAAGACGAACAUGGCGACAACUACUUCAUCUGGGCGCUACAUCCCGCCAUCCAUGACGACACUUCACUGCGUCAGCACCUCCGCGAGAUAGACCAGACGUACUCAGGUCUGGAGCGGGCCAGUUCAUUGCCGUUUCAGCUGAAGCUAAGCGGCGCCAAAGCUGCCCCAUUCCCGCAUGUAGCAUCAGGUGCUGCGGCACAAGUGCGCCCGGACAAAUCUCUGCAACAAUACAUCACCGGCCCGCUGGAGCUUGGCAAGGGCGACAGCGCCGCGUCGGCCACGGUAUGGAUGGCCUGGGCAAUGCUGACGGCACGUUAUACCGAUUCAGAGGAGGUAUUGUUCGGCGCCCAAGUCACCGGUAGACAGGCGGCGAUGGAGGAGAUUGAUCGAAUUGCCGGCCCGACGACAUCGACUGUUCCUAUUUGGGCCUCCAUUGACUGGCAGUCCACGAUCAGCGAGGUGCGCCAGCAAAUGCAGCGGCAGGCCGCCGACCUGGUACCAUUUGCACAGUUAGGGCUGAAGAGAAUUCGACAACUAAGCGCUGAGGCAGACAAGGCAUCACGGUUCCAGUCUCUCAUCGGGGUUCCAUUAGCACAAGAUGUGGAACGGUAUUCGAGUGACGUGUUCGCAUCCGAAUUCGAGGAUAUGGGCACAGCUGGCAGUUUUCCACGCGAGAACUACGCCGUGGUCAUUACUUGCCGUAUUUUGGCGCAAGGAGUACGGUGUAACAUGGAAUUUGACUCGUCCAUUGUUCAUGAGAAAGAGGCACAGAUGAUGCUUGAGCAGUUUUGUCACAUUCUGCAGCUCGUAUGCUCACCCACCAACAAUAUCACUAGGUUGAGUGACCUGGACAUGGCUAGCCCUCGGGACCUGCAGGACAUCUGGAGCAAGAAUGCAGUCGUGCCAGCAGCUGUCAAUGACUGCGUGCACACCAUCAUUGCAGAGAAUACCGCCCGGCAAAGACACGCACCAGCAGUGUGCGGCUGGGAUGGCGAGCUGACAUACGCCGAGCUGGACAAGCUGUCGACGCAACUAGCCUACCAUCUGAUUGACCUUGGAGUACAAUCUGGGUCCAUCAUACCUUUGUGUUUUGAAAAGUCCAUGUGGACGCCAGUUGCCAUGUUGGCGGUAAUGAAGACUGGCAGCGCCUCUGUUGCUCUUGACAUUGCGCAUCCAUUGCUUCGACUACAGACCAUUGUGGAAAAGUAUGACCGAGAAGUCAUUCUCUGCUCGCAGAAACAAGAAACCAUGGCAAGAUCUCUAGGCUUUCGCAAUGUCUGUAUUGUUGAUAGAGAUCAUAUUGCUCGGCAAAGAGCUGGUGCCUCGGAGCUGCCGCAGGUUUCCCCUUCGCAAACCCUUUUCAUCACGUACACUUCAGGAAGUACUGGUGCCCCCAAAGGAGCAUGCAUCUCUCACUCAAACGUAUGUGCUGCUAUACACUACCAAGGCCAUGUCCUCGGCUUUCGCACCACGUCCAGAGUGUUGGACUUUUCACCGUACAGCUUCGACGUGUCUUGGUCCAAUGUUUUGCACACGCUCUGUGCGGGGGGCUGCCUUUGUGUGGCUUCAAUGGACGAGAUGCUGGACAGCAUCGACGACACGCUACUACGUUACCGUGUCAACCUUAUCAACAUAACGCCGAGCACACUCCGGGCCAUCACGCCGGAGCAUUCGCCGCUUGAGACAAUUCUGCUGAGCGGCGAGCGACCAAACAGCCAUGUGCUCUCGCAGUGGAUAGACAAAGUCUGCAUCAAGAACACAUACGGCCCUUCUGAGUGUACAUUUAAAAGCGCGCAUGUAAUCGUAUCGACUGCAAACCUACAGAAUCCCGACAUUGGGCAGACAUUUGGUGUCUGUGGCUGGGUUGUCCAGCCGGGGAGGGACGAUCUCCUCGCUCCAGUUGGCCAAGUUGGCGAGCUGUUGAUUGAAGGUCCUCUGGUAGGCCAAGGAUAUCUGAAUGAGGUCGAAAAAACAUCGGCCUCGUUCAUUCAUGACCCGCCCUGGUUGCUGAGAGGCGGGCCAGGUGUUGUUGGCCGACAUGGGCGGCUGUACAAGACGGGUGAUCUGGUACGCUACAACGUCGAUGGAACGAUGCAAUUCGUCGGGCGCAGAGAUGAGCAGGUCAAAAUUCGCGGACAGCGCGUCGAACUUGGCGAGGUCGAGCACCAUGUGCAGAAGCAUCUGGCCACGACACCAGCGACGACAUUACCGUUUGCCGUGGAGCUGAUUACACCGCGGGGAUCGCAAAAUGCCAUGCUCGUAGUUUUCAUCUCUAUUCCAAGAACGGAGAGCAACUGUAGCAUGGAGACGGUUGUCGAGGAGCUGAUGGUGGGACUUAACGACAAGCUUGCGCAAGCACUGCCCAGUUACAUGAUUCCAAGCUCCUAUGUUCCCAUUACUGAGCUGCCCAUGGGAGGAACUGGCAAGAUACACCGCCGAAGGCUUCGUCAGAUUGGCUCAGAGCUAUCGCGGGAGCAAUUACUAGCGACCGCAGUGUAA